GCUAAUGAUAUUAGUUAAUUAAUUGCAAGUUUUGUUUUUUUAGCCCACAUCUCAAGUUCAACAAUAUCACCCUGAUUUCCACCCAUGGCCUUCCUGGAAACAACUCCUCUGGCACUUAUACCAACACAGAAUUUUUAUCCAGCAGCCACUGUUAUAAUGAUAAAGAUUACGCACUGAUGUCACUUCGAUCCUGGGUUAAUGUUGUGGUUGGUAAAAUGACUGGCAUAGACAGAGCUGCCAAGUUUGUGAUUGUUUCCAAUGACAGAAAAGUGCCUUAUGACCAUCUCAUUCUUUGUACUGGGCAACAAUACCAGAUACCUUCUCCCAGCAGAGGAAAUAUAACCAAGCUUUUGACAAACAACGAAGUGCCUGAUUGCUCCAAACUAAGGUACAUCGGCAAAAUUCCAUCAAACCUUUUUACUCUGCAAGAUGAGAAGGACUGUUUGAAGGCAAUACAUUGGUUGAAAGACAAUGUAGUUAAGCAAAAUGGUAAUGUGAUUGUAUAUGGGAACACACUUGAUGCAUACACAACAGUUUCCACACUUUUAUCAAUAGGAAUUAGUGGUGUUCGCAUCCAUUUGGUACAGCCUCCACUAACAUCGAAC